AGACCCGUUAUUCCUAAAAAACAAGUAACACACGCCUCUGCUGCUGUGCUGCAGUCUGGGAACAGUUCCGCGGCAUGUGGUCGAAUUCGGGGGCGAAUUGAAAAGCUAAAGUUUGCGAAAAGUUUGGCUCGAGUUGAAAUAUUAGGAAGUGGAAAAACAGCGGAAAAUUGGUAUUUUAGUGUGAUGACAUCAUUUUGACCCCCGCCCAAAUAAUCUGCAGCUGGGCAGAGAAGAGAAGAGAAACGCUCCGCGGCGCCGUGUUGUGUAUGCGACGGCGAUCCGAGAGAAGAAGAAAAAAGAAAAAUAAAAGCGAAAGGAGUGUGUAUGUGUGCGUGCGUGUGUCGGGAUGUUUAGUAGUAAAUUUUGCGGAAAAACAUAAUUUCGAUCAAUCGAAUUUUGGACCCGAAAACUGAGACCGGAAAGGGAAACCGAUACGCGUCGUUCAGACCUAAAGAGCGCGCGCUUCAACUUGACGGGAGGAACGGCGGACAUCGAGCAAUUUUGUUUCUGUUGUGUUGUUCCACGCUAGAGAAAGAAGGAGAAAAGAGCCUCAAAGUGACAGAAGUGUCUGUCAUCCGUUAGUAGUGUGUGGGGUAGCGGUAGUGUGAUAGUGGAUAGUAUUGGUAUAGAUAAAGUGUGCUUGGUCAGAACGGCUGGAAAGUAGAGCGUAAACAACAUGUGGACAAUUACCGGUAGCAGGUUCGCCCUGCUAAUGAUGGCGGCAGCCCUCAAUGUGCUCGUCGUGCAGAGUCUCAUCCAUUCACCUCCCCGCAUCAUCAAGCAGCCCCCGACGGACGAAAUGCUGUUCCAGGUGGCCCAGUCCGGCGAGAACGACAAACCCUUCAUUAUCGAGUGCGAGGCGGAAGGCGAACCGACACCAAGAUACCGCUGGAUCAAGAACGGCAAAAAGUUCGAGUGGCAAACGUACGACGAUCGUAUAUCGCAGCAACCGGGUCGAGGUACGCUGGUGAUAAAGACGCCCAGGGACGAAGAUCUCGGUCAGUAUCAGUGUUUUGCCGAAAACGAACACGGCACAGCCACGUCCAACUCGGUGUUCGUCCGCAAGGCCGAGCUGAACUCGUUCAAGGAUGAGACCGCCAAAACGGUGGAGGUGGACGAAGGGAUGGACUUCAAGAUGCAGUGUCAACCUCCGGAUGGUUGGCCACGACCGAACGUGUACUGGUUGAUUCAGAAUAUGGACGGUGGCAUCAGCUCGAUCAACAACUCUCGAAUGACCUUGGACCCGGAGGGUAACCUGUGGUUCUCGAACGUUACCCGUGCCGAUCAGUCGGAUGAUUUUUAUUACGCUUGUGCGGCUUCCUCUCUGUUCCGAAACGAGUACAAGAUCGGUAAUCGAGUGUUGUUACAAGUGAAGCAGAGUGGCAUUUCUGCUACCCAGAACAAACGCGCUCCAGUGCGACAGUAUGUGUCCCGUAAGAAUGAAGUGGCACUGAGGGGCAAGAAACUCGAAAUGUACUGUAUCUACGGUGGAACACCACUGCCGCAGGUCGUGUGGACGAAGGAUGGUCGACCGAUUCAGUGGAACGAUAAAAUUCAGCAGAACAACUACGGAAAGUCACUCGUUAUAAAGCACGCCACCUACGAAGAUCAGGGAACCUACACUUGCGAAUCAUCCAAUGGUGUUGGUAGCGCCGAGUCGUACUCUAUCAAGCUGGAAAUCCAAGCUGUGCCAUACUUUACCGUCGAGCCAGAGAUCGUGAAUGCCGCCGAGGAUGAAACCGCUGAGUUCCGGUGUGAGGCUACCGGUGUGCCGAAGCCCAACAUCAUCUGGAUUCACAACGGCAAACCAAUCGACCAGUCGCCGAGCAAUCCACGUCGGGUUGUUAACAGUAACCGGAUUCAGUUUACCAAACUGGAGAAGGGAGACACGGGUAAUUACGGUUGUAACGCCACCAACUCGCUUGGCUACGUUUACAAGGAUGUGUACCUGAAUGUGUUGGCCCUGGCGCCGGAAAUCACCGAACCACCAAGGUUGGAGUACACCGUCGAUCGGCGUAAUGUCACGAUGACCUGUCGCGUGUUUGGAGCUCCCAAGCCAGAAAUCAAGUGGAUCCGAAACGGGCGCGAGCUGACCGGCGGUCGGUACCAAGUUAUGGAGAGUGGUGAUCUGUUCAUUCGUGGAGUGGAGUUCUCCGACGCCGGAGAGUAUACUUGCAAUGCGGUGAAUAAGUUGGGUGAAAAAUCGGCCAGUGGAGAGUUGGUGGUGAAGGAGCACACCAAGAUCAUUGAUGAACCGCAGGAUUACGAGGUUGUGGCCGGUACACCGGCUACGUUCCGUUGUAAUGCAGUGGCUGAUUCCUCACUCGAGCUGGUGAUUGAGUGGUUAACCAAUGGCGAAACCAUUGAUUUCGAAUCUCAACCACGAUUCGUGAUGAGCAAUGAUUACUCGUUAACUAUUUCGAAGACCAUCGAGUUGGAUACUGGAGUUUAUUCCUGUCUGGCGAGGACAGAUCUCGAUGAAGUCAUGGCUAACGCUACACUCACCGUUUACGAUAGACCUAAUGCUCCGUCCUUAAAAUCAAUCGAAUGCCAUCAAACCGUAGCUACACUCACGUGGAAGCCGAAUGGUGACAACCGGUCUCCAAUUUUACACUACACCAUCGAAUUCAACACGUCGUUUGCACCCGACAGCUGGGAGAUAUCGUCGAAGGAUGUUCCUGCCACGGACUUCACCUACAGCGUUGACAUGAGUCCGUGGGCGAAUUACACGUUCCGUGUGAUUGCCAUCAACAAAGUCGGACCUUCUCUGCCCUCGGGACACAGUGAAGUUUGCACAACCCAACCGAGUGUUCCGUUCAAAAAUCCCGAUAACGUCGAAGGCCAAGGAACGGAACCGAACAAUCUAGUCAUCAAGUGGAUACCCAUGUCCGAAAUCGAACACAAUGCACCCAGAUUCCAGUAUCGCGUCUACUGGCAGCUGGACACCGGAGUAGACAACUGGAACACGGAGGAUAUUUUUGACUGGCGGCAAUCUGAGCUUGUGGUUCGCGAUCAACCCACAUUCCAGCGGUAUCGCAUCAAAGUCGUAGCUAUCAACGAGCUCGGCGAAGCUAAUGUUGCCCCACGGGAAGUUAUCGGCUAUUCGGGCGAGGAUAAACCACUUGAGCCGCCAACCAAUUUCACCCUGAUCCAAGUGACCGCCCCGACCUCUGCGAUAUUGAGUUGGAAUCCUGUUACGGAGCAAAGCGUCCGUGGUCACUUCAAGGGUUACAAAAUCCAAACUUGGACCGAAUCCGACGGGGAGGAAAAUCUGCGUGAGGUACUGGUCACAGCCGACUCGAAGCAAGCCUUGAUCACCGACUUCAUCCCCGAUUCCAUCAAUUUCGCCCGCAUUUUGGCUUACAAUGGACGCUUCAAUGGGCCCGCUAGCACCACACUAUCUUUCGAUACGCCCGAGGGUGUACCGAACACGAUCCAAUCUCUGGAGGCCAUACCGUUGGGUGCAUCUUCCUUCCUGCUAGUCUGGAACAAACCGCUGCAGCCUAACGGUAAGCUGACCGGGUACAAAAUCUACUACGAGGAGGUCAAGGGUACCUCGUUCGGAACCCGGAUGGAACGCGAACCGCACAUAAACGAUCCCCGUGUGUCACGGGCGAAACUGGGCAAGCUGAAACCCAACACCAAGUACCGGGUGCACGUCGUGGGAACCACCAAAGCGGGAGAGGGACAAGACUACUACGUUGAACAGAAGACUGCCGCAGGAAUUGCCGUCCAACCAGAUCAGCCAUACUUCGCCUGGGAACGGGAGCCCAAUGAUAACGGUCGUGCCGAUAUUCGGGUCAUUUGGCAACCCAAGCUCGAAGGGAAACCCGGCUCGCAUUUCUUCGUGAAGUACCGCGUGAAGGGUGAAAACCAGUGGCUGAUGACCGAGCCAGUGCUGUACGAGACGCAUCAUACCAUCCACGGACUCGAGCCGGACAGCAACUACGAGUUCCGAGUGGUUUCCGUUGAUGGGGAGUAUCAGUCUGAAUCACUGUCGCAGGAGGUGGACACAUUUGGAAUUGAGGGUCCGAUCAAGGUUCCUAACGAGAACGUGGCGACCGCGGGUUGGUUCAUUGGCAUGAUGCUUGCCAUCGCCUUCCUGAUUCUGCUGCUAAUCAUCAUCUGUAUCGUGAAGCGAAAUCGGGGCGGCAAGUAUGAUGUGCACGACCGGGAGCUGGCGAACGGGCGAAACGAUUACACUGAGGAGGGCGGUUUCCCCGAAUAUUCCCAACCUGUUUUACGUGAUUACAGCUUGGACAAUAAAAGCCAGGGCCGACAGUCAAUGGGCUCGCAAAAAGUUGGACCAGAAAGUGAUACAGAUUCCAUGGCGGAAUAUGGUGAAGGUGAUACAGGAGGCCAAUUCACCGAGGAUGGUUCAUUUAUCGGCCAGUACGUGCCUGGAAAACCACCAGUCAGCGCCCAGUCAACCCCGCAGAAUCCUUCACUACAGGGAGCCAACACGGGCAUGGCCACCUAUGUUUAAGUGAGUCCUGCAACCGAUCACGUUGUUGCGUGCUGAAAGGAAUCGUCGCUGCGUUUGCACACUCAGCAUAUUGUUCGCGUUCUAUCAACAAAAACGCUGCUGAUGUGUUUUGGUGGAGAAACGACGGCGGAGAAAAGCGGAUUACAUCACAUAAAUAUUAUUUUACGCAUCCUUCGAUUAUUUUUUAUAUGAACUUUGUCAGACUUUUGAUAACAGAAUACAAAAACGUCAUAGUAUAAGUGUAAUACAGGUUAUUAACAUGGAUGUACAUUUGAAUCAUUUUGGCGGAUGUCACAAAAAAGUGAUUGUGCUCACACAGCUGUAAACAAAUAGGAAAAAGGAUCACUGAAAUGAUCAUACACAUCAACUGCUACUUUCGUUCCACUUUAGGAAAACACACACUCAGUACAAAUUAUUACGCAGAAAAAAAACCGCAAUCAAAGCGCUUAGUUAGUUUCCGCUUAGUCAGUCACUGCUACAUUUUCGUUUGCUUUGCUGGACGAACGAGAAAUCGAACCAAACACGUAAGCAGAGCUUAGUUUAGAUUCCCGGCAACUGAAACGCUAGUAAUCCGUCGCACCAACAAAAAUCAUUUCUCCAAAUGCUUUAACGAUACGGUAAAGCAACGUGUAUUGCGAUCCACCCAUACGGAAGGUCCUCUCAAAGAGCUGGACCUAUCGACUAUCUGCUUAAUUACAUAGAAAAAAAGGAAGAAACACCAUAGUUAUAAACGCCUUCUUCGUCUUAGUCCGGCCCCACUUUAGGCUCUUAUUUGUUUUAUUAAUAUAUUCGUGUUGUUUUAGUUAACUUAUGUAUGAAACGGAGGAUACCGCUUGGAUCCGGUUCAGAGCGCAACCAUAUUGCGACAACAGUUUUUUAAACUCGGUAGCUCUUUUUUUAUUAAGACACGCAAUCAAGAUGACAAGUAAUGGUAUCCACUGAGCGGAUCCGAAAUUCGUCCAGUAAGCAAGAAUCUCUCAUUCAAAUUAGUUGUAAACGCGUUGUUACAGCUGGUGUAAGACAUUCAUGAUUGCCCUUUCUCUCCUCGUGUCCGGCAGCAGGAAAAAAAACGCGCAGGGAAGCGUACAUCUUAAGUUGUUGUUAAUUUUAUACCCGAUUAUAAAAUUAGUGAAACAAAUUGAAUUGAAGCAUUUCCGACCGGUUGCAGACGGCUGGUGGAAGAAAGUGUGACUAGCACAAAAUUUGUAGUAGAACAAACAAACCUUAACACACAAAAAACGACAACAGUAAGGGCAGCUUUGUGUAAGAUUAUUUGCGAAUUGCCAGAGAAAACAUGCAAACAAAACAAAAAGAAGUAGAAAAAUAACACUCGAACUUUAGCUAUAACUCAUCCGUUAUACUCAAAUCGAACAUCACACCUACACACACACACACAAACUAUCACGCAGUGAAUAAGUUACGAAAGUGGAUUGAUACUAACAGAGUAAUGAAACAAAAAAAAAAGAAGGGAAACGAAAAUUUUUCAAGAUGUGGAACCAAGAGUGGUAAAGAUGUAUGUAUAUAAAGCGCAAGCAUUGCUAAUAUUUCACUUUUGAAAAUGCAAAACUACUGGAUAAGAUGAUUACAAACAAACAAAACGAGAAACGAGUAUGUUAGAAUGCAAUUCUUUUUUUAAAUGGUAAUUCCUUCUAUUUAGUCUUAAUUGUUUCGUAAGUGAAAGCUGAAUGUUUACUUUUAUUUGUAAUAAAGAAAUUCUUUACAAACA